AUCAAACCGCCUUUAAGGGGGAAAAUCAAAAUCUAUUUUUGAUAAUCCAAAUGACUGCUAAAGCCGCAAGCAAGGUUGUAAAGCAACUAGCUGGCAGUGGGACAGGCCAGAGCUUAAUGGAUAGGGUCACCCAAGCAAAGUAUAGUUUGGCUGGUUCUGGUCUAGGGAAAGUUGUAGCGAAAGCGACCACAGAGGAAAUUGGUGCUCCUAAGAAAAAGCACCUUGACUAUCUCGUAAACUGCAGUAAUGAACCUAACGUUUCUAUUCCACUACUUGCUGGGCUUCUUGUGGAAAGGACCCAAGAAAAGUCAUGGGUUAUUGUUUUCAAAGCACUUAUAACUACUCACAAUCUCAUGAAUUUUGGAAAUGAGAAAUUCUCACAUUAUCUUGCUUCCAACAACUGCCCAAUUGACCUUCCACAUUUUAAUGAUAAAACGAGCUCACAAUCUUAUGAAAUGUCCAUAUUCAUUCGUAAAUAUUCAAAAUAUUUGGCGGAAAAAAUUUCUUCCUAUAGAGCUAUGGCUUUCGACUUUUGUAAAGUGAAGCGAGGGCGUGAUGAUGGUGUUUUACGUACAAUGCCAGUUGAUAAGUUAUUAAAAGCUCUUCCUGUUAUGCAAUCGCAAAUAUUAACUUUAUUAGAAUUUGAUGCUCUAGAAAAAGAUUUGAACAAUGCAAUUAUUAAUGCUGCUUUCUUAUUGUUAUAUAAAGAUUUAAUUCGUUUAUUUGCUUCAUAUAAUGAGGGUAUGAUUAAUUUAAUAGAAAAAUAUUUCACUUUAAAACGAAAACAAUGUCGACUUGGCUUAGACUUAUAUCAUGCUUUCCCAGGUUUAUUAUCAAAACUAACGGAAUUUCUAACACUUGCUGAAAGUUUGGGAAUUGGUGAUAAAGAUAGUCUAGGCUUGCAACCGGU